GUAAUCGUUAUUACGGGUGUUGGCUUUGGUGGCCUCGGUGCAGCCGUAUGUGAAGCUCUCGCCCCGUAUAGCCGCGGCCUUCUCAUCAUUACGGGUCGUGACAUUCAACUUCCCCAAGCAGUUGCCAAAGCUCUCAUCGCUCAAUAUGCAGAUCUCAAAAUUUCUGUUAUACAGAUGGACCUUUCUUUGACCAAGUCCGUGGAGAAUGCUGCGCAGGAAAUUAAGAAGGUUGCCUCUCGCAUUCAUGUACUUGUGAACAACGCCGGAGUUAUGUGCAUUCCGGAUCGUACAUUGACUGAGCCGGGCAUCGAGGCUCACCUUGCUAUCAACUACGUCGGGCACUUCCUACUCGCUAAGUUACUCGCCGAGCGUCUG